UCUUCAUCCGUACCUUUUCCGCCUUGAAUCGGUCUUCAAAAUCUCUGCGAACAAAACCAGUUUGGAACCCUAGAAAUCACGACACUGAGCACGCAUUUGUCGACUCCGAUCCUUCGCAUCAAUGGCGUACGUCGAUCACGCCUUCUCUAUCUCCGACGAAGACAUCAUGGUGGGGACUUCGUACACCGUCGACAACCGGCCGCCCAUCAAGGAGAUCUCCCUCGCCGUCGCGCUUCUCUUGUUCGGAACCUUAGGGAUCGUCUCCGGCGUUUUAAUGGCGUACAACAGAAUCGGUGGCGAUAUCGCGCACGGGCUUUUCUUCACGAUCCUUGGCUGCAAUUUGUUUAUAUCGGGCUUUUACUAUACACGGAUAGCUUACUUUGCUUACAAGGGAUAUAAAGGUUUUUCUUUUUCCAAUAUCCCUCAUGUGUAGCAGAUGAACACUGGCCGUCCCUGCUCUGAUAUUCCCCACCAUUACUGUACAGCAGCUCCUUUGUAAAUCUUUGGUCUUGUCUAUUAGUUCGUCCAUGAUUGCAUCAAGCUUGUUUUGCUUGGUUUUGUGGUAGCUGACCUAUGAGUUUGAAAUGUGGACCAAAUACCAAUCCGAUAUUUCUUGUAAUAAUUGAGAGACAGAGCAAUAAAAUUAUACACAGAUGAUUCCUUGUUUACUCUGUGUGGUACUUGAAACACCGCUUUCUUCACC